UAUCUUACUUCUAUUAAACAGUCUAAUGCUUGUUAAGCGAAGUCAAGCGCAAAACUUGGAUCGUAAUUUAAGAGAUUUUGCUAUGAAAACUUAUCAAGAAAUGACCGAAGGUUCUCGAAAAUUUGUUUUUUCACCAUUCCUUAUACAAAUGACCGGAGCUGCUCUUCAUUUGGGUGCCACGGGUAAGAGCCGCGUUGAGAUAGAUAAUUGUUUUCAUUUUGAUCCGAAUAAAAACAGUGAAAUUGAAAUUGCUGAUUACUUUUAUCGUCGUCUAUCAUAUCUAAAAACGAGCAAAUUUGUCAAACUUGCCAAUAGAAUUUAUAUAGAAAACGGCAAUGAAAUAAAAGACACAUUCAGUAAAAUAUUAAAGGAAAAGUUUUUAUUAGAUGUUGAAAGCGUUCCUUUUUCUAAGCCCCAAAAAGUUCUGGCGAUAAUUAACGAGUACACAGCAUCAAAAACUAACAACUUAAUGCAUCCUACGGUUUACGAAGAUGAAUUUUUCGCAUUUGAAAAGCUAUUGGUAGUGAAUGUGCUUUAUUUGAGGGGUAAAUGGAAAACCGAAUUUCCCCCAAAGUAUACGGCCAUUAAAGACUUCUAUGUAAAGAAAAACAUAGUUGUCCCAAUACAUAUGAUGCACUUAAAAGCAGAACUUAAUUAUGCUUCUUUGCCACAAAUUGACGCUGCCGUGUUAGAACUACCUUAUGAAGAAGGAGAUGAGAAAUGGAGCAUGUCAAUGUUGGUGUUUUUACCCAAUGAAGAAACUACCCUAGUAGAUAUGGAGAGUAAAUUUUAUAAGGUCUACUUCAAAGAUGUGUUGAAGGGCAUGUCCACUACUUUAGUUAGUGUUGAAUUACCCAGAUUCUCUCGCGAAGAAAGGGGAGAUUUUACGUACCAUCUGGAGGAGUUGGGCUUGAAUCGUACCUUACAUAGAUCAAAUGAUUUUAACAAAAUGAUGAAAACGCCAGCGCAAUUAGAGUUAGCGGCUAUGGGAGUACAAUUUUUCAUUGAUGUACACGAAGAAGGUGUUAAAAAAGCUCCUGAAAUAAUAGGAGAUGGCAAGCAGUUUAUAGCCAAUCGCCCUUUCAUGUAUGCAGUUAUUUGCAAAAGCAAUACCUUGGACGAGCCUCUCCCUUUGUUAAUGGGCCGAUAUACCGCUUUUUAUGAUGUAAUUUUAAAGUGA